UGCGGAGCGAACGGGAUUACGUCUAUAGCGGGUGCUCCCGGGGUAGUGGCGCGUGCGUGUUCCGUGUGUUCAGUGGGGCAGAUUUGACCCGAGGCUAUCCAGCUGUGGGGGCUCACCGAGCAGCACAUAUCGGCAUCGGUACUUCUGUCUCCUUUCAUGCAAGGUUCAUAGCAGUAUUCUAAAGAAGUGGAGAUGAGCUUUAUGCCUCAGCAGGCCCGCCCAGGGCGCCAGUCAGCCGAGGGCGGCGGCAGUGAACAUGUCAAGAUGUGGCAGCAGGGCGGCUACAUGGGCGGCGCCGGCGACUCGGGCAUCAACUCGGGUGCCACCACCCAGGCGCCGUCGCUCUCCGGCAAGGAGGACGACAUGGAGACGGCCGACAUGCUGUAUGAUCCCAACUACGCCGGCUACAGCCAGGGUCAGGUGGACGAGAUGAACCAGGCGCUGAGCCAGACGCGCUCGCAGCGCGUGCGCGCCGCCAUGUUCCCGGAGACGCUGGACGAGGGUCUGGAGAUUCCCAGCACGCAGUUCGAGCGUGGCCAGCCGACGGCCGUGCAGCGGCUGGCCGAGCCCUCCCAGAUGCUCCGCCACGCCGUCGUCAACCUCAUCAACUACCAGGACGACGCCGACCUGGCCACCCGCGCCAUCCCCGAGCUCAUCAAGCUGCUGAACGACGAGGACCAGGUGGUGGUGUCGCAGGCGGCCAUGAUGGUGCAUCAGCUGAGCAAGAAGGAGGCCUCGCGUCACGCCAUCAUGAACUCGCCGCAGGGCUUUAAUCAGAUGGUGGCCGCGCUGGUGCGCGCGCUCUCCAACAGCAACGACCUGGAGACAACACGCGUGGCGGUGGGCGCGCUGCACAACCUCUCGCACCACCGCCAGGGCCUGCUGUCCAUCUUCAAGUCCGGCGGCAUCCCAGCGCUGGUCAAGCUGCUCAGCUCGCCGGUGGAGUCGGUGCUGUUCUACGCCAUCACGACGCUGCACAACCUGCUGCUGCACCAGGAGGGCUCCAAGACGGCCGUCCGGCUGGCAGGCGGCCUGCAGAAGAUGGUGGCGCUCCUGCAGCGGAACAACGUCAAGUUCCUGGCCAUCGUCACCGACUGCCUGCAGAUCCUGGCCUACGGCAACCAGGAGAGCAAACUGAUCAUCCUGGCGUCGCAGGGGCCCGUGGAGCUGGUGCGCAUCAUGCGUACCUUCACGUACGAGAAGCUGCUCUGGACCACCUCGCGCGUACUCAAGGUGCUGUCCGUCUGCUCGUCCAACAAGCCGGCCGUGGUGGAGGCCGGCGGCGUGCAGGCCAUGGCCAUGCACCUGGGACACCAGUCGCAGCGGCUCGUCCAGAACUGCCUCUGGACGCUGCGCAACCUCUCCGACGCCGCCACCAAAGUGGACGGCCUGGAGGGCAUGAUCAGCUCCCUGGUGCAGCUGCUGGGCGCCACCGACGUCAACGUCGUCACCUGCUCGGCCGGCAUCCUCAGCAACCUGACCUGCAACAACCAGCGCAACAAGGUGGUGGCCUGCCAGGUGGGCAGCAUCGACGCCCUCAUCAGCACCAUCUACAGCGCGCGCGACCGCGAGGAGAUCACGGAGCCGACGGUGUGCGCGCUGCGUCACCUGACCUCGCGCCACCCGGAGGCCGACAUGGCGCAGAACGCCGUCCGGCUCAACAACGGCCUGCCGGUCAUCUGCAAGCUGCUGCACCCGCCAAGCCGGUGGCCGCUCAUCAAGGCCGUCGUCGGUCUGAUCCGUAACCUGGCGCUGAGUCCGGCCAACCAUGGCCCGCUGCGCGAGCAGGGUACCAUCGGUCGGCUGGUGCAGCUGCUGGUGCGCGCCUUCCAGGACACGCAGCGCCGCUCCUCGGUGGCCAGCGGCGGCAGCGGCGCCGGCUACACCGACGGCGUGCGCAUGGAGGAGAUCGUCGAGGGCACCGUCGGCGCGCUGCACAUCCUGGCGCGCGAGGCUCACAACCGCGCCGAGCUGCGCUCCCAGUCCGUCAUUCCCAUCUUCGUGCAGCUGCUGUUCAACGAGUUCGACAACAUCCAGCGCGUGGCGGCCGGCGUGCUGUGCGAGCUGGCCGCCGACCGGGAGGGUGCCGAGAUGAUCGAGCGCGAGGGCGCCACCGCGCCGCUCACCGAUCUGCUGCACUCGCGCAACGAGGGCGUCGCGACGUACGCGGCCGCGGUGUUGUUCCGCAUGUCUGAGGACAAGCCGCAGGACUACAAGAAGCGGCUCUCCAUGGAGCUGACCAACUCGCUGAUCCGCGACGACGGCGGCAUGUGGAACGGCGGCGACCUGGGCAUGCCGCCCGACCUGCAGGACAUGCUGGCGCAGGAGCAGGGCUACGACGGCCUCUACGGCCCCGGCACGCCCAGUGUCCGCUCCGGGCAUGGUCCGUACGCUCAGGGCUAUGACCCGGUGCCGGUGGCCUCGAUGGAGGGCCUGGAGCUGGGCUCGGCCGGCCCCGGCUCCAACUACGGCCCGCUCGACCCGGUGGGCGUGCCGGCGCCCGGCUCCGGGCCGCCCGACAUGGCCUUCGACAACAUGGCCGACCUGCCGCCGCAGCCGCCGCGCGACAACAACCAGGUGGCCGCCUGGUACGACACGGACCUGUAGCGGGCGGCGCCGCGGCCGCUCCGCCCACUCCGGGACGGCAGGCCGCUCCCAGCAACACCUGGCGUCCCGCACGCCAUCUGGCGGAAGUCCGCACCGUCUGCCCCGUGACGACGCCGCGAGACGCCGGCAGUACCAGAUUCCACUCGAUUUCCGCGUUGAUUGGUGGUUGGAGGCGUGUAACCCGGUCCGGAUGUGGGACGAAGUGUGUGGGCACGGGGAGAUUAUGCACUGUGCAGCUAUUUUUAAUGUGGCGUGGAGGGCGGGCAGCCCGGCCGUAGAUCAUGGAAGCUAUCACUGGCUGGCUAGAUGCGACGUAAUCAUUGUAUUCCAAUACAUCUUUUCUAUCGCUUA